GUGUAUUGUGCCAUCAAUCAUAAACGUCCAGACCGAAACAUUGCCGUCAAAAUAAUCGACCUGUCUUCGUUGAAUGAAAAAUAUCUUCACAAGUUCUUACCCAGAGAGCUUCAGAGUCUCAAAGAAGUACAACAUGAAUAUGUCAUAAAGAUAUACGACAUAUUUCGCAUGAUGAACCGCAUCUUCAUUUUUAUGGAAAAAGCAACAAAAGGGGAUCUUACGAAGUAUUUACGCAAACUUCAUAAACCGAUGGAAGAGCCAAAGGCUUGUAAAUGGUUCUAUCAAAUGUGCUGCGUACUGGCUUACAUGCACGAUUUUUUGCACAUUGCUCACCGAGAUAUAAAGAUUGAUAAUAUUCUCAUUACGGAAGAAGGAAAUAUUAAACUCACUGACCUGGGGUUUUCACGGCACGUGCUUCACGGAGACGACAAUGAGCCGGAAAAGUGCAGCACUUGGUGUGGUACUCGGCCAUAUUUAUCUCCGCAAAUCAUUAGCAAGACACCUUACAAUGCCUUCAAAGCAGAUAUAUGGUCACUCGGUGUGGUGCUGUUCACCAUGCUAAACAACAAGUACAUUUUUCACUACGAAGAUCGCAANAGUCCGCAAAUCAUUAGCAAGACACCUUACAAUGCCUUCAAAGCAGAUAUAUGGUCACUCGGUGUGGUGCUGUUCACCAUGCUAAACAACAAGUACAUUUUUCACUACGAAGAUCGCAAAGUAAUGUACAGAGAGCAUCAGGAUAAACUGUUCAUUGCCGGCAGAUUUGGCAGUCACCUGUCAGAAGAAGCAAAAAAUUUGAUGAUGGCGAUGUUUGAAUUUGAUGAGGCAGCGCGAAUAGAUGUCGCCAAGAUAUUUGAACACAACUGGGUCGUGCUCAACUUUGACAACAGCUUGGUCAUUGAGGUCCCACCUCCAGCAGAAUAG